AUGGAUGCGAACGGCGCGCGCUCGAUGAUUCGUCGUCGAAAUGUUGAUGAAAUACGUUUGGACGAGUUGAUAUCGAGUUUGCAUAAAGGAGCAAAGAAAGUCAAAUCUGGGACACCGUCCUUUUACCCGGCGGAUGACAUCAAAAAGCCGCUCAAGUCGCAAGCCAAGUCGCAAGCGAAGAACCAAACGAAGUUGCGCAAGAGCAUCACACCGGGGACCGUGUUGAUCGUCUUAGCUGGUCACUUCAAGGGGAAGAAGUGCGUGUUCUUGAAGCAAUUAGAUUCUGGUUUGUUGUUGGUGUGCGGCCCGUAUGGCAUCAACGGCGUGCCGGUGAAGCGAUUGAACCAAAGAUACGCCAUCGCCACCUCCACCAAGGUUGACGUUUCCAAAGUUGAUUGCAAAGCGUUUGACGAUAAAUACUUCAAAAAGCCGGCGAAGGACCGCUCGGCCAAGUCUGAGGAUGGUUUCUUUGCCGCGCCGACGGCGAGAAAGGAAUUGCCGGCUGAGUACGUCGCGGCAAACAAAGCUUUGGACGCCUCGGUUGGCGCCGCCAUCGGCGCCGUGCCGCACUUGAAAGAGUACAUGUCCUCUUUGUUUUCCCUUAAAAGUGGCGACAAGCCCCACGAGAUGGUCUUCUAA